AAAAUCAACUGUCAACUAGUUAUGUUGAAAAUAUUGAUUAUGAUUAAUUUAACCUUAUUAACCAACAUAGCUUUGGCUGGAUUUUUUGCCCAGUUCAACUUACAUAGAUGGCUAGUUAAAGAUGGACUCUGGAGUAGACGUAGAUCAAUGAUGAUGCCAAUGAUGAUGAGAUCGGGCAAAGGAUCUAAAAUGGAAUCUCAAACUGAAAUGGAAGAUGAUCCAUGGAAUCCAAUGGAUGAUGUUCCAAUGGAAAACCUAAUUCAAGAUUCAUGGGGAUCAGAAUCUAAAUCAAGUCAACCAACAUGUAACUGUAACUGUGGUGGAGGUAAAGGCGAUAAAAAGAUGAAGGGUAAAAAGAGUAAAGGUGGCGGUGGAACAAUGGCAAUAGUGAUUCCCAAAUAUGAAUAUUUUGACGUUCCGAUGGCCAAAGAGAUUGAGACCGAAAGCUUGGGCAAAGUUAUUGAAAAAUCAGUUUCUUACAAAUCCGGAUGGGGACAAAGUGGUGGUGGGGAUUCUGGAUGGUGAUUACUAUCUAAAUCAGUAAACCAAGAUCAAAUUUCAAUUGUAUUACGAAUUAUAAUUACUCUUCUGUAUUCAAACCUUCAAGUACAAAUACUUGCUUUUUAUUAUCCUUAAAAAAGGCGUCAAGCUUUUGAUAAAGAGUGAAAUUUCAA